AUGCCGAUUCUCAACAAUCAACGCGGACGGACAAUGGCUGUGAGGAGAGUUGGUCAGAGCAAGAAUGAUCCAGCGCCUCGUCUUCUGACUAUAGUCGGGGGCUCAUCAAGACAGAAGGUGGCCGAGAAUGUUGACGAUCCUCCGGUUUCUAGCGAUGACGAGGGCGAAUCCGACAAUACCCUUGAAACUGACAGUCCUAUGAACGCAAUGAGUCAAAGAAAAUCACCCCUCAAAGGCAGUCAAACCAGCAGGGCGCGAAAUACGAAGAAAAUUUCCUCUUUUGUUGGCAGCUCGGAUAGUUGUGGGGAUGGAGAUGAGCGAGUAGUGCGCGCGAACAUCAAAAGCACUAGCUUUGACACGCCGCAACAAACCCGAAGCAAAAGAAAGGAUUCACCUAUCGAACGAGCAGAGAAAUCGGAAGAUUUAGACAGCAAAAGACGCAAAACGGGUACUCAACGUAAAGAACCUAGGAACACGCCGCCGACCAGCUCCGGAGAACACUUGAAAAAUGAACUAGGGCUUCCAAGAACCAGGAAAUCCAAAGUCACAUACAAGAGAAGAGAGCAGAGCUCACAGGAACAACCGGUUAGGAAAGGUUCGACAGACACCCGAGUAAUUUCUCGGUCGAUUCCUUCUGGUGGAAUAGGGAAGAAGAAAGAGCCCGCCAAGCUACAGGUGCCCUCUUCGUUGCCCUCUUCGCCACAGAGCCCCGAAAGGCCAAAAAUGGACAGACUUCGGUUGCCUUCCGGCCCUAGUUCUUCAUCGCCUCCUAGCAAGCCUACACUCAAGCUGUACAACUCAAUCAAAUCACCACAACAGUCUACUCGUAGCAGGCGGCUGAAAAAAAAAGAGUCAGAAGCAAAAGGAAGGUCUCCAUCUCCGCCUCCUGCAAUUUUCAAAAUGCCCGUGUCAAUAUCAGACCUACAGCUUCGAUCGCCAAGGAAAGGCAGAAUAGAAGAACCAUUAACAGACGACCCUUCGGACAUGGAGAACCAAGAUGGCCAGGCCGAAAAAUCAAGUGCGGACGAUGGAAUCAAAAGUGUGGAAGCAGAAACGGUGUGUCCUUGGUGCGGAGAACCCGUUGACAAGAAGUUCCUUGACGAUUUUGCCAAGGGUAGACGUUUAAAUGUGCGGCUACAAAGCAAAUUUUGCCAGAAACAUAAGAAACAAACAGCCAAGGAACUUUGGCAGCAGAAGAGCUAUCCAGAAGUCGAGUGGGAUGGGCUGGAAGACCGAUUCGAAAAAUAUCAUAAAUUGUUGCUUGGUGUCAUAAACGGAGGAGCUUCACACUUCCGUUUCAUCCAUGAGAAGAACAUUUUAUCUGGAAAAGCGAGGUCCAUGAAGAAAGAAGACAACAUGGUUCCAGGAUACUACGGACCACGCGGGUUCAACCUGAUGUGUGACUAUUUGGUUAACGAAUUUAGCGAGUUGCUGAGGGAGAAAGCAGUGGAUGACCGGGUGAUUGCUGGCCGUGGAUCCGCAGCCUUCAUCCAGACCGUGCUCGUGGCCGAGCUGGCAGUGCGCUUGAUUAUGGAAGACAUGAAGGUUGCUGAGGAGGAAGCCAGGGCUAUCCUGGACGAGAGCAAGACUUUGGGUGAAAUGAUUCAUGGAGAGACAUGA